UAUGAGAGAGUCUAGCUAUAUCUGCUUCAAUAGGCUCUAAUUACAUUUUAGAUAAAAUAUAUAAUUUUACUAGGAUCUAUGAACUUAGGACACAGCACUGUAGCUAAAUUUAGAUCAAUGAGACUAGAUACUACUUUAAGUUUAAAGUUAGCUCAGAGUUAGCCCAGUUAGGGCACUUAGUUGAAGUCCCAUCUGAAUGUAAUCAAUUAAAUUUCUUUAAAAUAUUAUCAGAAUUAAACUAGAAAUGCCUUUACCAAGUGCAAGCAAAGAACCAGAUGACAGUCAAACAUGGGAAUUAGCAGAAAGAUGUCUUCUUCCAAUUGCAUUCUCACAUGCAAUUGCAGUCAUUUUAGCAACUAUAUUAAAUACACUGAGUAUAUCGCAAACGUCUAGUUUUGUGCUUUUUCUUUUAUUGUUGGCCAUAUCUGUAGGAUUUACAUUAUUUUAUCAUAAUUUAAAGGUAACUGCGGCAGGAAAAGCAGUUCUUAUUACAGGUUGUGAUUCAAGAGUUGGAUAUACUUUAAGUAAACAACUAGAUGAAUUAGGAUUUACAGUAUUUGCUGGAUUUAGUACAAAAGUUGAAAGUGAAGAGGCAAUGCAAAAAUUAAAACAGGAAGCUUCCGGCAGAUUACACAUAUUACAAUUAGAUGUUACUAGCGAACAUGAUAUUCAUUCAACAUUUCUUUAUGUAAAUGAAAACUUACCAGAUGGGGCACCGGGUUUAUGGGCAUUAAUACAUGCUGCUGCUUGGGUGACACUAGGUGAAUGUGAAUGGGUACCUCCUUCUGUAUUAAGACGCAGUGUAGACAUUAAUUUCAUUGGUCUUGCUAGAUUAACUCAGGUCUUUUUACCUCUAAUUAGACGAUCAAAAGGUCGUGUCGUGAUAGUUAACAGCCUCUUAGCUCGUAUACCAAGUCCUGUUCGAGGCAUUUAUUGUGCUGUUAAGGCUGCAGUCGAAGCUUGGGCAGCUUGUCUCAGGUUAGAAAUGAGAAGAUGGGGAGUGGACAUAGUUAUUGUUGAAACCAGCGAGUACGUAUCUGGAAGUGCUUGGUUAAAAGACAACAGCUCGUUGCUGGAACAAGCCAGAGAUAUGUGGACUCAACUAGAUCCUCAAACCCGCAAGGAGUAUGGGCAAGAAUUGUUUCAGAAAGAAAUGUUGGCUCUUGAAAGAUAUACACAGGGGGCAGAUAUAGAUCUGACACCAGUAACUAGAGCUUUAAUCGAUGGAGUAAUGAAAACCUUUCCAAUGAGAAAAUAUACACCAGUGUCGCGUAAAGAGAGAAUACAAGCUUUGUGUAGCGAUUAUCUUCCAAAACCGGUUUACGAUAUAUUAUACAUAAAUUGAAAAUAACGCAACGAUACAGAAAUUAUACAGAAGAAUGCGACACUCAGAACUUAAUAAUCUUCGUUUGUAAUGUUGAAUUGUUGACGUUGAAUAGUGUAAAUGACGAAGUUACUUGCUAGUCAUAUUUUGUCACUUUAUACAAAUUCAAACAAAUCCUCAAUGUAUACAUGUUUGUUCGUCAAAAUAAAAUAAAGACGUCAAUACUGUUUAUC